AUGGCGCCACGCGGUCCUCGCUCGUCCAACUCUGGUCGAGAUGCCAGGGGUUCUGCGCUAAACGCCAAACCCAGUUCAAGGGGCGGCAUCCAGAAGCGCAAGGGGCCCAGCAGGGUCGAUGAUGACGGCGAUCUUGACAUGGAUGCGGCCGGUAAACGACCGAGGACAACCCCCGGGUCGACGGCACCGAGGAGCGGGCCCGCCCCUCGCUCAACGGCGACCCGGAACCCUCGAGGCGUAUCGAGAGCGGCACAGAAUGUCAUGAAGCACCUGAGGAGCGGGGACUCUUCGGCUCUGGCGAACCGUGUCUCGGACUCAAGCGAAGCAAGAACUGCGCGCGGGCGUGGCAGAGGUGCCACCCUCACCUGGCUACGCGUUCACGGUCUGCGACAGAGCAAGGCGUCUAGUAACAAGGACGGCGGCCUGAGCGACCUGCUCAGCUUUCUCGAGAGGAAGGCAUCUUCGCUCAGCUCAACACGACGGUCACGAUCAAUCAUUAUCAGCAAGGUGAGUCGGAGUAUUGACAGUUUUCCAGGGCGUCGGCGCGCAGCAUAUAUCUCCAAUCUCCAGCGAUUUGAAGCACCGGAAUAUUUCUGA